UCUUAGCGGAAUGCCAUGAUACAGAGGGACAUUUCGGUUGGCAGAAGACAUUAGCCAACCUCAUGCGCCCUCAUGCGCGUAUACCUGGACUGGUAUGAAGGCCGACUGCAUAGAAUACGUACGCAGUUGCAAAAUAAGGACUGAAGAAAUGGAUAAACUCGCUGAAUGGGGGAUUGCUGCCAAUCAUAGCCAAACAGGGAUUUCAGCAAGCCAGAUUGGAUACAGCAGAGUGGGUGAACAUAGAGAUCAGCAGGCAGAGGAGGCAAGAGAGGAUAUAUCUCCCAGCUUGCCAGAGAACAAAGAUAUGAUCCCGGGAACAGGGGACAUAGGGAUGCUGGUGAAUCGUGGAGCCAAGCCUCGGGGCAUUGGUAUUGUUGGUGCGGAUGGGACGUUCUUGAAUGAUGUGGAUAUCGCAAGGAGGGUCAGCUGGUUGAACUCCAUAAGGGAAUGGCAAGAGGAGUUCGUGGGAAAUAUGACUGCAAGGGAGUUUGUUGACACCAUCAUGGGUGAUCUUCUGGGCAGCAGGGUGUUUGUCUUCACUCCUGAAGGAGAGGUUUCGCGGACCGCGAGCCGGGAGAUCAAAGGCGAGCGCGCGAUGGCACGAAGAAGGACAUUCCUUGAGGAGCGCCCCUUGGGCAUUGAACCGCCUAGGGAAGUACCGGGUGGGAUAGAGGUUAGCCUGCCGGCAACAGGCGAGGGAUGGCACCAGGUGGCGGAUUGGGUCGGGAUCGAGCUUGCGGAAAAUAUGGUUUAUUUGGUGACGAAAGUUGAGUGGCGUGCGGCUGAGAAUGGGGAAUGGAACCCGGACCCACGGGGGCACGUGCGGGCAGAGGGGCGGUUGUAUGUGUCAGAAAACGGGUGGAGGGAGUUCGGAGUUCGGCUGGCAUCUGGAGAAGACCCGUUGAGCAUGUUUGAGGGGGCAUGGCAGUUAGUAUGGCGAACGAGAUUUGAGUUUGCAGAUCCGGGGGUUGACGAUGUAACGGCAGACCUUAGGGUAGCCAUGGUCGGGAGUUUCGAAUUGCCUAGUGAAAAUGUACGAAUGAGGCUGCUGCCCUUCUUGCUGGAAAAACUGGGCGGUCUGGAACUUGUUGGACAAGCAGUAGCCGACCUCGCAAGCCUGACAUAUGAAGAAGCGGCGGCACAUCGAGAAUACUACCAGGCCUUCUUAGAAAUGGGACCGUUUAGCGGAGAGCAGAAGUAUGAGGUGCUGCGCAUCCUGCAUGCUGUGUUUAGUACCAGGCCAAGGGUUCCGGUCGUGGGAAGUGAGCUCCUGUGGGGUGUCGUCCGGCAGGAAAUAAACCAAGGGAUGGCGUACGUAGAUGAUCUGUACCGAUUGUAUGAGCAGAUGGAGGAGGGAACAGUGAAGGAUCGAGAGUCGGCCAAACCGGAAGGAACCCGAGAAGAUGGAAAAGACAUUUCAACAGGAGAAAGUUCCGGAAAAGCUGGGGGUAGCAAAAGGGGACCUCAGGAAAACAGGGAAGGGGGAAACGACGUGAAAACAAGCCCUCGGAAUUCAGCAGGAACCACCCCUAAAAAGACGAAAGUCUUAGAUACCCGUCGCAAACUGGCAGAGAUAGAAAAGCAGACUGCAAAAUUUAAGGCAAGGCUCAUCGAGCAGAUGAUGGCCGGGGACGAGGAGGACCCCCAGGGCGUAGGGUCACGAGAGGGGCAAAGGACCACUCAGGACGAGGCCAGAUACGAAGGAAAGGAUAAUAGCCACAGGGGGACGCCUAACAAGAAGGGGAAGGACAAGGACGACCCCCCGGCAGAAGGGACAGAAAACGCUAUGACACCGCCCGCCAUCGAAAGCGGCACUAGCAGACUGUCCGCCACGCCGAAAGUAACAGGGGCGUGUGACGGACUCUGGAGCCUUAGGGAAAGAGUGCUAGGAUGGUUUGACCCAGAAGGAAUGCCCAAAACCAGAGAGAAGCAGAGGGAAAGCAAGGAAGGGAAAGGGACCAGUGCAGCCAGGGAAGCGGGUGCCUCCGAAGAUGGUCUCAAGAGGGUAGUUGCCACCCUCAACAGGACACUAAACAAGAACCAGGGGUAUCUCGCAGAUGCAAAGAAGAAACUCACAUUCGAUGGGGCCAACAUUACGGAGUUUCUAAUAGACUAUGAGAACCUAGUAGCCCUACUAAAAUGUACGGAAGAGGAAAAGAUGGAUCACCUGGGGCAGCACGUGUCACUAAGCUUGGGCAGGGACAUUAUGGCCAUCGUCGCCUCAAGUGGAUCCUCGAAAGAAAUCAGGAAUGAGAUGAUGAGGAAAUACCUGAAGGCAGAGAAAAUGGCAACAGAGGCCGAAUUAGCCGCAGUCCAGAGGAAAAACUAUGCGACUUACAAUGAUUUCCUAAGGGCAUUCACGUUAGUGGCUUUGCGAAUUCCCGGGGUAACGGAUCGUAUAAUGAGGCGGAGCAUUUACUCCCUGGUAGACUUGUACUCGGGAUAUGAUCAGUUGCCGCUCGACGUGAGGGAUGGACCGUAUACCGCAAUGCACACCCCGGUAGGACAGUUGCAGAUGCAAGUGACCUUUAUGGGCUUCACAAAUGCGGUAGCAGAAGCUCAGAGGAGGAUGCUCGCCGUCGCAGGGGAUAUGUUUCCGGAAAAGUGUGAACCUUACAUAGAUGAUAAUCCCGUAAAAGGCGCAAGAUACAAAGAUGAGACGGAAGUACAACCGGGAGUGCGGAAGUUCGUCUGGGACCACUUGCAAGAUAUUAAGGACUUACUCCAGCGAUUCCUAGUCUACAACAUUACUGCACGCGGACCCAAGAGCAUCGUGGCCGUCUCAGAAGUAACCAUACUGGGAUUCCGCUGUGGAGCUUAUGGGAGGAGACCCGAUCCAGCAAAGACUGAUAAGAUCUCUCAGUGGCCGACACCCCUACGUACCACGACGGAAGUACGAGCCUUCCGAGGGGUGGUUGGGUUCUGGAGGAUCUUCAUCAAAUGUUUCGCAAAGAUAGCAGAACCCAUUCGCGCGAUGAUUAGGGAAGGUGGCACUAUGGGUUGGACAGAGGAUAGGGAAGAGGCAGCCCAGACCCUGAAAGACAUCCUGUCGUCCGAUCAGGUCACAUUAGCAGCACCUUGUUUCAAUGACGAGGAGGGCCAGGGAGACCGCAGGGUAGGUGGGAGUCGGCACCCGGAACGGGAUAGCAUGCGGGACGCAAUAGGAGCGGGGAGCGGAGGUCGCUGUAAGGCAGAAAGACGUCACGGGCACCAAGGAAAGAUGUGGUACAAGCGGGGCAGGAGUGUCGGGGACCACAUGGGAUCGAAGGACGGGGCGGUACCAGCAGGACAAAGCGUCGGGGACCACGCAGGACCAAGGGACGGCGUGGUGCCGGCAGGGCUAAGUACCGGGAACCGCGUGAGACCAAGGGAAAGACGUAAUGCAGACAGGCCGAAGUGCCAAAGACCGCUGUCGGAGGGCACGGUGUCCCGACCCUCCUGUGAACCGAGUCUCUGCAUAGUACCAGUUUCCUGCUCUGGUACCUGGGUUGUCUCUCGGCGUGGACAGGCCCCGGUGGCGCAGCCCUCAGCAAAAGGGGUGCACCACAGGACUUCCAUUGGUCCACGCAGACUCGGCGCUCUGCUGUACAGCAGAGCACAACCAGCCUGUGGCCAUGGGAGCCGCCGGGUUCGCCCUGGGACGCGGAGUUGGCGGCACACGGUGCGCUGGGUUCCAGUGUCGGGUGAAGGCCCUCUGAUUACGACGGCCCUGAACUAUGAUGGGGGAGAAGUAGUCCGACUGAAGGUCUGCAUUGAAGGGGGGAGAGAGGAGGAGAUGCGAGGUGACCAGAGGCUGCAGGCUGCCAUUUCCGAAGCUCGCGACAGGGCAGAGCGGAGGUGUAGACGAGAUGGGGUGACCGUUGGCUUGAGAGUGACGGUCAUCUAUCACGAGACCGAAUCAUCAACUGGGACCGAGACAAGGGAGGAACAGCACAACGAAAGAGACUCAGGCGGGGAGAGUGAAAUGAGCGAGGCGGACAGUGAGACGGAUCUCCGGUCCUGGAACAGACCCGAGGAGAUCCAAAGGCACCAUCGAGCCGCGGAGCCGGUGGAAAAGGGACCUGAGGCCAGUUCACGACAACCGAUCCCCAGAGGCCGCGGGACGGAGGAGAGGCAGAACAGGGGGAAAGGACGUGAAGGAGGUGGACGACAAAGAAGGUGUGAGGUGGUUGGCUAUGUUGGAUGGGUGAUGGAGGUGGAGGAGGAAGAAGGUAUGAGGUGGUUGGCUAUGGUGGAUUGGUGGUGGAGGCGGAGGAUGGAGAAGGUGUGCGGUGGUUGGCUAUGGUGGAUGGGUGACGAAGGGGGAGGAGGAAGAAGGCGUGAGGUGGUUGGCUAUGGUGGAUGGGUGAAGGAGGUGGAGGUCGGAGAAGGUGUGAGGUGGUUGUGAUUCAAGCUGGAGAAAUGGUCGAAUUUUCCAGUGGUGUUAAAGGAAUGGCACUGAAUCUAGAAAAUGAGAGUGUAGGAAUUGUGGUUUUUGGUAGUGAUACUUGAAAAUGCCACGGGUUUUUGCAUUGUAAAAUGCAAGUAUAUCUGCGUGGUCCAUCGAGAUCAUAAUUCUUAUUGGCAUAGGAAGUAUAUAACCUUUGUAAGUGCGCCUUACAAAUCCAUACUUCUUAAGUCGUUCUACAAGCUCCUUGAUAGGGGCUCGGCGGAGAAUGAGUCUCGGGUGUAUCCUUCUUCGGUAUACUUUUYCGUGCGCUUCGCGCCUAACCCAAGAGACUUGAUUUUGUGCCUUCCAUUUCACGGCAUGAAUUUGGGUACUUAGGAGAGAUAUCCCAUUAUGACUUUUUGUGCUUCGCACCUGCUGAUUAAGCUCCAGUUUAAGCUCUUCAKAUAAGAAUUGAGUCACCAACCUUUUGAUCUCGACAGCAUCUGCUCUGGAUCCUGCUGUUAUGAUAAUAACAAAAUCAUCAGCAUAUC